CAGUGUACGUCCGCCAGUCGUCCAGCGCAAGACUACCGCCGCUGCAGCCGCUUGUUCACCCCGCUUACUACACACGCUCACCAUACGUACGAUCACGCGCGCACUCCCUCGCUCGCUCGAUCCUUCACACUCGCUCGCUCACUCGCACACGCGCGCGCAACACGCCCGGCCGCCGACUGCUCUCUGACGCGCAUGACGAAAUAAAUAAUAAACAAUAAUACCAGCGCCGCCGCCGCCGCCGCCGCCGAUCACGACUCGCGUACAUUAUUGUACCGUAGAACAGCGUACCGUCGUUAAGUUUGUAUUAUACUCCCGACGCAGGCACCACACACGCUCCGCGUACGCAGUCCGCCGCCGUACCGCUCGACGACCGACGUAUACCGCUCCACGUCUCUUCUGCACACGCGUUUCCCACCGACAGUUUUCCACACACACACAUCAAGAUGAAGUGUUUAAGUAUCAUGAUGGUUAGCUUCCUGUUAGUGGCCAUUGCAAUGGUCAGCUCUAACGAGACCGGACCGAACGAACAAUCAUUGAACCGUUUGGCCAGAGGAGCCAAUGGCGGAAAAGAAACCAACUGUCACUAUGAAAAGUCACAGUGGUCCCCGUGUGACGAAAAGACCAAUGUGAAGGCGCGCACGUUGACACUGAAAAAAGGCGAUGCGACUUGCGAGAAGACCAAGAAGAUUGAAAAGAAGUGCAAGAAAGCAUGCCGGUAUGUGAAGGGCACGUGGAGUCAAUGUAACUCGCAUAACGAGAUGAUCAGGACGGACACGCUCAAGGAUCCGUCUACUGAGAACUCAAAUUGCGAGAAGACCAGACAGAUCACGAAAAAGUGCAAGAGCAAGGGACGGGGUAAUAAAGGUAACAAGCAAGCACGCAACAGGCAAUAAGCACGCAAAUUCGUCAUGAACACACGCAAACCAACAAGCGCGUAAACGUGUAUAACAAAAAACCAAAAAAAUACAAAAUACAAAAAAAUUUCCGUCUUGUCAUCUCCUCUCCUUCCUUGUCCGUCGUGUGUGUAAUCGUUCAAAAUAUAACAUUCAACCCAUCCCCUUCGUCACAUCCGACUUCAAUGAUUUUGCUUUAAUCGUAUACAAUAUAUACAUAAUAAUAAUUAAGUUAACUAUAAUUAUAAUAUUACUUAUAUACAUAUAUAAUAUAAAUCAAUAUAUAUAUUUUGAUUAUAUUAUAUAUUAAAAUGAUAAUAUUAAUAUCUAUGUACCUAUAUUAUAAUAUAUUAUGAACGAUGAACAAAGUGUUUUCGUACCUUAGGGUUAAUUUUCUAGAUCGUAAACAUUAAAAAAAA